AUGUUUUUAUUCUUUUUAUCUACAAUUUGUCCUUUUCAUUUUUCCUUCUUUCUCUCCUUUCAUUUUUCCUUCUUUCUUUUCAUUUUUUCUUCUUUCUUUCCCUUCUUUCUUUUCCUUCAAUUUUCCUUCAAUUUUUCUUUCUUUCCCUUCAAUUUGCCUUCUUUCUUUUAUCUUCAUUUUCCUUUCUUUCUUUCUCUACAAUUUUUAUUCUCUCUUUCUCUACAAUUUUUCUUCUCUCAUUCCCAUCAAUUUUCCUUUUUUCUUUCUCGUCAAUUUUCCUUCUUUCUUUCACUUCAAUUUUCCUUGUAUCUUUUUCUUCGGUUUUCCUUCUUUCUUUCCGUUCAUUUUUCCUUCUUUCUUUCCACUGAGUUUUCCUUCUUUCUUUCCGUCAAUUUUCCUUCGUUUUCUCUUCAAUUUUCCUUCUUUCUUUCCCUUCAAUUUUCUUUCUUUCUUUCCCUUCUGACUUUCCCUUCUUUCUUUCCUUUCUUUUUUCCUUUCAAUUUUCUUUCUUUAUUUGUCUUCGGCCUUCUCUUUGGUUUUCCUUCUUUCUUUCCUUUCAUUCUUUCCCUUCAAUUUUUCUUCUUUCUUUCUCUUUGGUUUUCCUUCUUUCUGUCCUUUCAAUUUUUCUUCUUUCUUUUCCUUCAAUUUUUCUUCUUUAUUUCCAUUCAGUUUUCCUUCUUUCACCCUCUUCAUUUUCAUUGCUUUCUCCCUCUUCAUUUUUCUUUCUCUCUCUUUGGUUUUCCUUCUUUCUCUUCAUCUUUCCAAUUUUCUCUUUUUUCAUUUUCGCUUCUUCCUCCUCAUUUUUCUUACUUAUUAAAAAAAAUGAUCUCCACUUCUUAUACACCGGUUUAUAUCUACCUUUAUCAAAUUAUCCCCCCCCCAUAA